AUGUCGGAAGUUCUCGUACCUAAAGGCCAACCUUUACCUGGCGAUCCUGAAAAAAAGGGUUGGCUAUUUAAAUGGACAAAUUAUCUAAAGGGAUACCAGCGAAGAUGGUUUGUGUUGUCAAACGGACUAUUAUCAUACUACAGAAAUCAAGCAGAGAUGGCACACACAUGUCGAGGAACUAUAUCCCUUCUUGGUGCUUUGAUUCAUCCUACAGAUUCCUGUACAUUUGUUAUUACCAAUGGAGGAACACAAACAUUUCACAUCAGAGCUCAUGAUGAAGUGGAACGGCAAAGCUGGGUUACAGCUCUGGAACUAGCUAAAGCAAAAGCCAUUCGCGCACAAGAAUCUGACGAUGAUGAUGAUCAGAUGAAUUCAUGUCCAGUACCACAAUCUAAUGAAGGUGAGGGUGAGGAUGCUGGUGGCAUAGCAAGGGAACUUUCUGCUAGGUUUCAUGAUCUGCGUACAUGUUCUGAACUGGUUACGAAACAUGGUGCUGCACUUCAAAGAUCUUUAGUAGAUCUAGAAAUUCCACCAUCAGACUCGACCAAGCAAGUCUCCGAAAGAGCCACUUUAUUCAGGAUAUCUUGCAAUGCUAUGAUGAAUGCAUGCGGAGAGUUUAUGAGCACAGCAGCGGCAUCAAGCGCACGUAUGAGCCGCGCAUUGCAACAUGAACGUGAGCAAAAAAUGCGACUACAAGAAAUUGUCGAGCAACUCGCCCGGCAGCACGACUCUCUGGAGAAAACUGUCGCAAGGAGUACUCCACACACAGCGGGAGGGACCAAUUCAGGACAAAAUAACGAUACUGAAGAUGAGGAACACGAAUUUUUCGAUGCUGUUGAAGAGGGGACUACCUCAGGAAUGGAGGAUAAAAACUCUUUUGUAAUUAAAGUGCCUGUGAAUAGAAAAAAUAAAGUAAAAAGUGGAGAAAGUUCAGACGAGUCUGAGGCAGAAACUGUAACGGAGACACAGCAAGUGAUAUUCGUAGAAGACAAAGAACGAGCGGAAAGCGCGAUGGGUGGCUCCGAAGUCGGCACCGUUAGCGUCAAGCCGCCAGACAACAAGGAACUAGACAUCAAAAUAUGGCCUCAUGUGUCGCAAGCAACAGACAGCGUAAUAGAAAGUCGGCCUCGGCGCUUGCGCGUCCCUGACAAGCCCAACUACCCACUAAGUCUCUGGUCUAUUAUGAAAAAUUGUAUAGGUAAGGAACUAUCAAAAAUCCCCAUCCCCGUUAACUUUAGCGAGCCGCUGUCAAUGCUACAGCGUCUAACCGAGGAUUAUGAAUAUUCGUCUAUCCUGGAUCAAGCUGCCACAUUUUCUGAUCCCGCUCAGCAACUGGCCUAUGUAGCUGCUUUCACGGUGUCCUCUUACGCGACCACUGCCAACAGAACAACAAAACCGUUCAACCCCCUUCUCGGUGAGACAUACGAGUGCGACAGAAUGGCAGAUCUUGGCUGGAGAGUUAUAGCGGAACAGGUGUCACACCACCCGCCGAUGGUGGCGCAAUUCUGCGAAGGCGUGUCCGGGUGGCAAUGCUGGCAGGAGUUCACCAUGACGAGCAAGUUCCGCGGGAAGUACCUGCAGGUCAUACCGCUCGGGGGCGCCUACGCAUACUUCCCCGCUUCGGGCAACAAGUACUCGUGGCGGAAGGUGACAACGACGGUGCACAAUAUAAUAGUGGGUAAACUUUGGGUGGACAACCAUGGGGAUAUGGAGAUUGUGGGCGAGGCGGGCCCGGCGGCGGGGUACGUGGCUCAUCUGAAAUACGUGCCCUACGGAUACUUUAGUAAAGACACACAGCGGAAGGUCACGGGGGUGGUAAAGGAUCCCAAUGGAGUUCCGCGCUACGUGCUCCAAGGCCACUGGGAUGACCGCGUGGAGGUAGCAGCCGUAACCAGUGCUUCGUCAGACAACACAGUCUGUAAAACUGGAAAGUUUGCACUGGCCUGGCAACGUGUUCCCGCACCACCAGAUUGUGAUAAAUGGUACAACUUCACGUUGCUCGCGGCUCAGUUAAACGAGCCUGAACCGAACGUGGCGCCAACCGAUUCGCGCCUCCGCCCCGACCAGCGUCUAAUGGAGGAAGGGCUCUGGGACGAAGCGAACGCUGAGAAAUUACGACUUGAAGAGAAACAGCGGGCUGCUCGCCGCGAACUAGAAGCCGCAGCCGAGGAUGCAGCCUCGCGAGGCAGUCCUCCACCCGCGCCUCGCACCCCAGUCUGGUUUACGCGGCAAGCCUCGCCCGGCCAGCCUCACCUGAGGCACCUAUACAAUAAUAAGUACUGGGAGUGCAAGCAGAAGCAAGACUGGUCCGCGUGUCCAGAUAUCUUUUAG